CACUCAGUCAGGAAAUGCGUAAGAAAAGAAAAAAACUCUGUGCAACAGUUUCCCUCGCUGUUCACAUGGGUCUGUCGAGGCUGAUUACACCCAGAGAGAUCGCAGCAUAUAAGUUUAUCAUAAUGAAUAUAGCCAGAGAACAACAUACAGGAUCUGAUUUGCAGCUGCCCAGACAUCUGCAAGGUGCUUAAAUGUGCUUUUCAGAAACGAACUGAAGAUGCAGGGGGCCAUUGCCCGAGUGUGUAUGGUGGUGGCUGCUGCUAUAUUAAACCAUCCCUUGCUUUUUCCCCAUGAAAACACGACGCUCCCAGACCAGGACGAGGAGCUGAUAGCUCGCAUGCAGGAGCAUGAGGAGAGGCUGAAAGUGGAGCAGGCCAGGCUGGAGAAAGAGCUUUCACAGCUGGAGGCUAAACAGGAAGAAACCAGCACAGAGGAGGGUUAUAGUUGGUACUUUUGGAGCACUUUGUCUUUCGUCAUAUUCUUCACUAUCGAGAUGUGCAAAGGGGAUCUUUCUGAUGCAGAAAUACGACCAGUUGAGGAUGAAGACAUGUUUUCAGAGAGUGGAUCCAUCACCCCAACAACAAUGGUGCUGGAUAAAGUUGAUCUUGGCAACUUCUGUGACAAAUGCACCCACACAUCAGCCCAUGAGAACUGGAGGAUAAGGGAGUUUGUCGAGGGUUUUGCUGAUGACUUGCUGGAAUCGCUCAGGAGCGUAUGUGACAGGGAGGCAGAUAUGGAAGUCGGGGACUUUGUCGGGAUUGGAAGCAUGUUCGAGUCCUGGAAGGUGUGCAAGCCAUUGAUGUGCGACCUUCUGGUGCCUUUCUCACCUCCACAUCCGUACGCCUUUCAGCCCCAUCUGUGGUGCAGCCCCUCCAGUAACAUGCCUCCAGACAUGCAGGGCAGCGGCAAGAUAAAGGUGACCAGGUUUGGGGAGAACGAGCAGGGCUGUCUCUGUGGCUCUGCCAACCUGGGAGAGGACAUGCUUUGUCUGCUGCAUAGCAGGGAUGACACUCUCAGAGUGGACCACAGUCCUGAUGAACUGCUGUGCUCCAGGAACACCAACUUUUUAGCCAAAGAUCAAGUCAUGAAGUGGUUUCAGAUCUCUGUCACCAAAGCAUGGGGGCGCAUCUCUCACAAGUACGACUUUGAGGUCACUUUUCGAAACCUGGAUGCCGCUGGUGCUCUGAAGAUCCGAUUCCCAUCAGGGAAAGUCAUUGUGAUGAACAUUGUACCAGGGGUUCAGCUGGAGGACACUGAUGCCUAUUUUGUCUCACACUUUCCAUCAGAUUGUGACAGCUCUCCUGACCCAUACUGGCCCCUCUCUUUUGCUGUCUACGAGAGGAAUUUGCUGAAACAUUUUGCUAAGCGCCUACCACAACAUUCCUGUCAUUUACACUGCCUUCAGAUUGUUACUUUCCUACACAGAAAGCAGACAGGGCUCACAGGAAAAAGUGCCCUCACUAACUACCACUUAAAGACCGCUCUGUUGCACUUGUUACUGAGUAGAAGGCCCUCUGUGUGGGGCAUUGGGAGUAUGGAGCAAAGGCUUCGGGACUUGCUCAGCUUCUUGCAGAGGAGCCUACAUGAGAAGAGACUUCAUCACAUUCUGAUCGGGAACAGGAAAGUGCCGGAACAAGUCCAGGUUCCUGAGAUGAUUCGCAAAGCAGAGCCCGUCAAUCUGUUCCGGUCUCUGGUGUUGCAGAGGGAGCUUUAUGCAGCAACAGUCAGACAUUUCCACGAGAUGUUGAGAAAUGCACCUGUGCUCAUACAAGAGUACACACCUCACUUAUCAAAUGGAGGUUUACACCGCAGACUCGACGAAAGUUUGUGAGCUUUGGCCAAGUUUCACAUCAUGACUGAAGAACUAGCAGAUCUCUAAAUAUCUUUCAGUGUUACUAAGAAUAAGGAUUUAAAUAGUUUCACCAGAGUACUAAAAUAAAAAGGUGCACACACAGCAGUUAUUUCAGUUACUGAUAUCUUGACAUAUAGUGUUUUUUGCUGCAGCUGCUUUCUUUACACAUGACUCAAAAUAACACAGCAGAAUUUAACCCAUUUGCAUCCCUACAAAAAAACUAUGUGAGAAGACAAAAAAUGUCAAAGCACCUGCCAUAAAAUCAUAUAUUAUUUUAAAUACCAGGUUGUUUGAGAUGUUGUCUUAACGUCAGUGAAAUAGAAUGCAAUAAUUUGAUAAUCAUUUAUAUACGUAUAUUCAGUUGAAGAAUGUACAAUUUAUUUUAUGUUCAAACUGACCCUUUUUUGGAAAUUUGAUGCAUUCUGUUUAUAUUUAUGUCCCAACUUCUUUGGAUUUUUCCCCCUGUAUAAUAAAUGCUAGGGGGUUCAUUUAUUUUCAUUCAGUUAGAACAUUGAUGUUGAUACAUUUUAUUUUUUGUAGAUUAAAAAAAACAACACGUUCUACAAGAUUUGAUGAGUUUAUUGCUUUUGAAACCUAAGUUUUCAGUAGUGCCUUUAAAAGAAGCAGAAAAGUGCACCCUAAAUAAAAGAUGAUAAAUUAAGCAAUGCAUUUUGCCAUCUACCUGAGAAAGAAAGCUUUUUUCAGUUUGGUUUAACAGAAAUACCUCUCAAGUUAUGCUAGUCUAAACAGGGAAUAAUUUACCAAAAGUUAUAGCAGUGUCUUUGUUUUAUUCAUACUGUUGCAAAUUUGAUGGCAGCUAUUACAUUUUGUAAUGUUGAAUGUGUUUUA